GUGGUUGAGAGGGGGCCUCGGAGGGUGGAGGCAAAAAAGCUUGUAGGGGAGAAGGGGUAUUUGCAGUCUUUGCCAAAGCCACUUCAUUUUGCUACAAGGACUCGCAGCGAGACAAAGAGAAGGCAGAGCUUUGCUAAUCAGUCUCUUGCCAGUGACAAUGCGGCUAAUCGCUCUUCUGCUGUUGGGACUCCUGAAGUUCUCGCUGGCUCAGGACAGAGAUCCUUUCCAGUGGCUUUCUUCCCUUCACAGCCAUGGUUACGCCUCUCUGCAGGCCGACAACACUGGAGGAGAAUGUCCCGAGGAGUGCGACUGUCCUCCAACCUUCCCAAUCGCCAUGUACUGUGACAACCGCGACAUGAAACAAAUGCCUUACAUCCCAUCCCGGAUGAAGUAUGUGUACCUGCAACACAAUCAGAUCACCUCUGUCCCAGAUGAUGCUUUUGAAAAUGCCACCAACCUUGUGUGGGUUUUGUUGCAUGAGAAUCACAUUAACUCAGUGGGCAAGCAAGCGUUUGCCAAACUGGUGAACUUGGAUCGCCUGUACCUGAACAACAACAACCUAACCGAGGUGCCGUCCAACCUGCCUCAUUCACUACGUGACCUUCGUCUCAAUCACAAUAAAAUCACCAAGUUUCCCCCCAACGCUUUUGAGGGCAUGGAGAAUUUGACCAUACUUUUGCUCCAUAACAACGGUCUCCAGGAUAUCAGUGGCCUGAAAGGUCUGAAGUCAUUAACUCUGCUGGAUGUGAGCGGUAACCAGCUCAAGAAGGUUCCAAAUGGUCUCCCUGAGAUGCUCCACCAGCUCUACCUAGAGUCCAACUCCAUCGAAGCAGUUCCAGAGAACUUCCUCAGCCAGUUUGCCAACCUCCAGUAUGUCCGUAUUUCUCACAAUGAGCUCACAAACAAAGGCAUCCCUCAAAACACCUUUAACAACAGCGGUCUGGUGGAGCUGGAUUUGUCCUUCAACAAGUUGGAGAGCAUUCCUGUUGUUAGUACUAAUCUGCAACAUCUUUAUCUACAGGCCAAUCAGAUCAAAGAGUUUACACUGGGCAGUUUCUGCAGUGUGGUGGAUGUUAUGAACUUCUCCAAGCUGCGAGUCUUGAGGCUGGAAGGAAAUGAGAUCAGUGCUGGAGACAUGCCCUCUGAAGCUGCCCUUUGCCUUCCUCUGGCUUCUGAUAUUGCCAUGUAAUGGCAGUGACCAAACAGCAGGGGGCUCUUUUGUUUCCCUCCAACAUUAUUAUAUCAGUGUGGCAUGACAUUGCAUUGAUUUUCAAUUUUAUUGUAGGGAAAUUUAUAGUGCCUUGGGAUGUUGUAUUAGAGGAAUAUAAUUUCCUGUGGACUUUAGAGAGAAGUACAAAUUCAGAAAUGGGGGGAAAGGAUAUUGAGAGAUUUAGAUAGGAAAUGGAGAUCCUCUGUUAAGGUAUGUGAAGCUAGAAUUUUUUUUUUUUUUUUUUUUCCUCAAAAGCCAAAUAGCCAUUUCAAUAUGCCUUUCUGUGCUUUUAUUCUAUGCUUGUGUGCUUGUCUGUCAGUUGGAUGACACUAUUGGCAGUGCUAAAGUCAACAUUGCAGUUUUGCUAUUUGUUUGAUACAAAUUUGAUUUACUUUAGGUUUGUGGAUUCAUGUCUCUUCAGGAAAGAAGUUUGAGCAAUGCUGUGAGUAUUUAUUCUACAUGUGAGACAGAAGAACUGAAUGGAGAACAGAAAGCGCUUACUUGACUACAUCCAUCUAACUUGUAUAAUGUGUUUGAUAUGAUAUCGUCACGAGAAGAUGAAAGAAAAUCUUCCAUUCACAUCUGAAAGGGGGAAAGAAAAACUUUGAAUGGUUGUGUUUUAAGAACAAAUGUAUUGCAUGUGUUAUAAAAAUGACUGAGGUUCUGGUGUUUAAACAUGCCUGUAGACCUUUCGUGUAACUCAAUAAAGCUAAUAUUUUGAUGUAUUAAA